GCCUAUGAUGCCGGCUUGAUAUCGCAAAACACCUUUUGGACUAUCAUGGAUGAGGCCGGUUCAAAUAUGAAUGUUUCGAGCCUCAUUACUCGGCUGAAUGUAUCGGCGGUUGCGUCUGGAAAUCCAGUUCACGCUCGACAAAAAUCACGACCAAAUCUGGCCUUUAUAAGACGUUAUCCAGUUCUCCGGAAUGAGGAUUGCUUUGAUGCGAAGCUGCCUCUGGACCUUAGAUCGCGCAUGCGCAGACUUUUUUACUGCAAGUUCGACCACAUACCGGAGAGGCUGGCGGAUAUCGUUCUGAUUACCUACGAGGCUGUCAUCGGACAAGCCCUCAAAGACUCUCCGCCUCUUGCUGACUCGGCGGUCAGUCUUCUGCAAGACGUUCAGAACGUAAGAUUCGUCACUUCUUCAUAA